AUGUUUAAAAAAUUACUUCCCCUAGCUCUCUUCAAAGCAAUAGUUUUGGCCGAUUCCACCUCUUUUACCAUCAACUUUGGACCUGGUGAAGGUCAUAGUGGUACUCCUUUGGGUGUUAACGAUGCUGGCGUCAUCAUUCCGAGCACCACUGGAGUUCGAUUUUAUGUCAAUGAUGACAGUCAACUGAAGGUUGACAACCACGAGCUGCAGGCGGCCUCACCAUUAGAUCUCCUGUCCUUGAUUAAUAGCGGUGCUGAAACCAAAGGGUUUUCUCUAGUUACCGACCCACCGGCCCUUUUGCUUAACGACGCGACCCCUAGUCUAUGGAUUUGUGAAUCAAGUGACGUUUCUCGAAUUGCAAUCAGUAUAGAUUCACCAGCUGAUGGCUGUAUUCCAUACUCCAUCAAGCCUAAACUCGAGGCAAACGUCCGCAAAGGUGGUUUGUUUGCCAGAGAUGAUGAUCUCACUGACAGCGAUGGCGUUGACACUGAUACAGAAGAUGAUUUGACUGACAACGAUGGUGUCGAUACCGAUACAGAAGAUGAUUUGACUGAUAACGAUGGUAUCGAUACUGAUACGGACGAUGACUUGACCGACAAUGAUGGUAUCGAUACUGAUACAGAAGGCGACUUAACUGAUAACGAUGGUGUUGACACCGACACAAAUGAUGAUUGGACUGACAACGAUGGUGUUGAUACUGACACUGAUGAUGAUUGGACUGACAAUGAUGGUAUCGAUACCGACACUGAUAGUGAUGAUGACCAAAGUCUAGCUGGGCCUGUCAACCCACCAACGAGUGCAACUCUCGCAACCACUUCUACGUCCUCAACAAGCGCUACUUUCACAAGUCUGACAACUGGAGGUGAUUUGACUGACUCUGAUCCUGAUAGCUGGACUGACAAUGAUGGUGUUGAUACUGACACAGAUGAUGAUUGGACUGACAAUGAUGGUAUUAAUACUGACACUGACACUGAUAGUGACGAUGACCAAAGUCUAAGUGGGCCAACCAACCCACCAACGAGCACAACUCUCGCAACUACUGCUACCUCCUCAACGAGCACCACUUCUGCAAGUGCUCUGGCCACUGGAGGUGAUCUGACUGACUCUGAUACUGAUAGCUGGACUGACAAUGAUGGUAUCGAUACUGACACUGACAGUGACACUGAUAGUGACGAUGACCAAAGUCAAAGUGGACCAGGAAAUUCACCAACGGGUGCAACUCUUGCAACUACUGCUACUACGUCCGCAACUAGCACCGUUUCAAAUGGUCAAGUAACAUCCUCAGAUAAUGGGGCCAAUCAUUUCGCUGGUGCAGUUGGAUUAUCAGGAGCAGCCGGUGGAGUUAUUCUAGCUUUACUGAUUUGA